GUGUUGGAUUUGACUGUCUCUCAGUCUCAGUGUGAGUGAGGAGGACCGGACGGAGCAGACCGGAGCACGGAGCUGCUGCUGGCCGACAGACAGCUGCUGAGCGCCGCGGAGCUCCGGAGCAGAGAGCCGGAGGUGCUGCAGGACCGGGUUCUCCUGUGAUCCGGAUCAGUCCCCCGGGCCAGAGGACACUUCACAGAGUCCGUGUUUGAGUUCUGUCAACUUGUGGAAUUAAAGGAGGAGACAGGGAGCAGGAACCAGGAUCGGGACCAGGACCGAGUCUGGAUUAAUGUCCGUGCUCCGUGUGCCGUGAUCCGGAUCGUGGGACCAUGGUGGGGGACAUGGAGGGAAAGGACAAGCCGAGACCGAGUCCGGAUUAUCUGAUGCAAUUGAUGAACGACAAGAAGCUGAUGAACAGUUUACCGAACUUCACCGGGAUCUUCCAGCACCUGGAGAGACUGCUGGACCAGGAGAUCAGUCGUGUCAGGAAGGACAUGUACACCAACACUCUGAACGGUUCAGACAGAAGUAGCGAGCUGCCUGACGCCGUUGGUCCAACUGUCCAGCUGCAGGAGAAACUCUAUGUUCCCACAAAGGAGUUCCCUGACUUUAAUUUUGUCGGGAGAAUUCUGGGACCUCGAGGUCUGACGGCUAAGCAGCUGGAGGCAGAGACAGGAUGUAAGAUCAUGGUGAGAGGGCGGGGCUCCAUGAGAGACAGGAAGAAGGUUUGUUACUACAGCAGAUCCUCUCUGUCCCUGUGUCUCUGUCUGUCCAUCUUUCCCUCUGUCCCUGAGCAGGAGGAGCAGAACCGAGGGAAGCCUAACUGGGAGCACCUGAACGAAGACCUUCACGUCCUCAUCACAGUGGAAGACGCUCAGAAUCGAGCUGAGAUCAAACUCAAACGAGCCGUGGAGGAAGUCAACAAGCUGCUGGUGCCUGCCGUGGAGGGUGAGGACAGUCUGAAGAAGAUGCAGCUGAUGGAGUUAGCCAUCCUGAACGGGACGUACAGAGACGCUAACAUCAAACCCUCCUCUACUCAGACUCCUCGUGUCCUCUCUGGCCCCGCCCCUGUACUGGCUCCCCCCACCGUCCUGCGUACACCUGCCCCCGCAGGCCCCGCCCUGAUGCCUCUGAUUCGUCAGAUCCAGACGGUGCUGCCCAAUGGGACGCCUCACCCGGCGGCUCUGAUGCAGGGGACGGGGCCUGAGUCCAGUCUGAUCUAUGCGGCGCCGUACGACUACCCGUAUGCUCUGGCGGCGCCGGCCUCCAUCUUGGAAUACCCCCUGGACUCUGGAGGGGUAUUGGGUAAGCCUGCCCCCCCCUGCUCCUGCGACUGCUCCCCCACGCCUCACCACCACCCCCACAGCCAGUGGUGCCCCGCCCCCACGCUGCUCCUCAGACACACCUCCUAAAGAUGGAGAACAGGCGCCACACACGCCACACCUCGUUCACAGCUGACGCCUGCGGCAGCACCCCCUGCUGAACGCCAUUGUUCAAACAGGAAGUGACGAUCAGUAGGGAGAACAUUUAAACGUUUGUAUAACAUGUUUUCUAUCUAACAUAGUUAACACUCACCAGAUGCUCCGACAGAACCUGAAGCGCUGAAGAGGUCUGACUGACGACCAAUCAGGACGUCGCUGAACAUGUGCGCUAUUCCUCCAUCACAACCUUCUGUAUUCACCUGUCAGGUGACGUCAGCUGUGGGUGAGGCGUUCAGUUACCACUGUGUUCAUUCUGCUUUUAGUGAUGUGCCUCAGAACUUCCUGUUCCUCAAAGACCCUCACAGGAAGUGAUGUCAGAAACAACGUUCUCCAUGUCAUGUGACCACAGCUGGUAGUGUUGGUGCUGUGACGGAGGUUUUCAGAUCGGCGUAACGACUCAGUGUGAGAAACAUGAGACGAUCUGAGAACCUUCAGUCGAGUUUUUAACUGAGAUUAAUUUUAAUUAACAAUAAAACUAAUUAACAAACAAACAAACAAACAAACUUUUCUCGUUGUAAAAAACUGAGUUUAAUUUUAGAUCAUUAAAGCUUUUGAAUUUCAAUCAAACAGAACUAAUAAUUGUCUGAUUGGUCGGUGCAUUCAGGGACACAGUUCAGAUGAAAGUCUGAAUAUUUGGUGAAAAUUUUUUAAUAUCUUAAAAAAAUAUUGUCUUCGUAUUCUUAAAAAAAAAAUGUUUUAACGUAACGAGACGAGUUUAUUCUCACGUCAUUACACCUCAUUUAUUUCAGUGUUACGACUUUAUUAUCUAAAUGUAUCUGCGGCCUGUGGUAGACAGUGAUAACCAAUCAAACUGAUGCACCUGAAAGGGACGUGUCCUCAUGAUGAUGUCACAGUACAGACUGGUCACCUUUAACUAAACGUGCCUUAACGUGUUUCUACUGAUCCUCUGUGAUGAUGCGUUCACUGACCUGUACCUGUGAUGGUGCCUUCACUGACCCGUACCUGACCCGUACCUGUGAUGGUGCGUUCACAGACCUGUACCUGUGAUGGUGCGUUCACUGACGUGUACCUGUGAUGAUGUGUUCAGUGAUCUGUACCUGUGAUGAUGCGUUUACUGACCAGUACCUGUGAUGGUGCGUUCACUAACCCGUACCUGUGAUGGUUCGCUCACUGACCCGCACCUGUGAUGGACACUGUGGACAGGGACUCCACGUCCUCCAUGACAGUCUGGGGCAGGUGUGGUGGUCUCUAAAGUCCUCAUCAAAGGACGGUUACCGCAGACCAACGUUAGUCUGCACACACUCCGUUCCCUUCUCUCCACACCUGCCUUUCCCACAACCCACUGCUCUGCUUCAGCUGCUGUCUGUUCAGGGUGUUUUCACACCAACAACCAAGAUAGUCCACCAGACUCCAGCUUUCACAUCAAAAUGUAAAUUUACUGUCAUCUAAUGUGUAGCGUUUUUAAGACCAUACGAAGGCCACCAACUAUCUGAUGUGAGCCAGCUAUUUGAAUUGCCAGCUACUUAAAACGUGGGCGUACCGAUCUCUAAUUGAGCCAAGGUCAUGCUAACGGUAGCUAACUAUGAACCCUUCAGGACAGUGAGGAUAUUUGAACCUGGACUUCCUGCUCCGUUAUUUUGAGGACUGUUGUUAUGUUGAUUCUGACUAACGGACUGGAAACGUUAAAUAAAUGUACGGUGAGCUGUAAGAAGACGACACUUUAUUUACCAUUCAAGUAUUAGAAAUUAAUUUUAAUAAAUCCUGUUUAGGCUCCACCUCCUCCAGAGUUACACAUUUCAAAUCAGCCUCAUCUCUGUGUCUUCAGUACAACCAGGACGUGGUUAGCCUAGCUUAGCACAAAGACUGGAAGCAGGGGGAAACUGUUAGCUUCAAUGCUAAAUGCUGAAAAAUUUCUUCACCUUCAAUAAAUAAUAAUAAACAACAACGCUCACACCAACCCAGAAACACCAAACAACAUGUUGGAGGGUGAAGCUUAGCUAACAGUUUCCCCAAUUCAUGAGAUGAAACGUAGGACUCUUUCAGAGAUGAGUGCACGAAGAUUUUAUCAGAUGUUUUAAAGUUUAAGAUGUUAACGUGACGUUAGCUAACAUCAUUCGUCCUGAAGAAAUGAUCCACAUACAGAAAAUCUGUCGGACUUCCUGCCAUGAAUAAACUUAUUUUUUCAUGUUGAAUCAGAUUUUCAAAGUGGUCGGUUCCGGUCGGUUCCCUGUGAGUCGGACUGACGGACUGGAGACCAGGAAAAACAGGACGACUGAGAUCAGUCGAGGUUGAAUGAGGACGUUCAUGUUUCUGCUGAUGAUCAGAGUCCAACAUUUACAUCUCAAAUAACCUCGUACAAACGUUUUGAACACAGCUAAACUGCGUGUCUCUGAUGAUGUCACAUUGCCUGACCAAUCAGAAUGUUUGAUGUAAAAGUUUCAUGUUUUGUUUAAAAAGUCGGAACGUUUGGUGGUUAAUGUAAAAACAUGAUGAGAAAAACAUCAUAACAUCUUCUGAGAAUGAUCUGCACCAAUCAGAUUAUGACAUGUAUCAUCCAAUAGAAUCCCAGCAUCAGUGUGAUGUCACUGACCAUCAGCAGAAACGUUUCCUUCCUCUCUGACGUCCUGUGAAGAACCAGAAGAACCCUGAAAUGUGAUGUCGUAGGACUGAAGGUCACCAUGACCUGGAUGACCGAGAAUUGUCAUGACGAUGUCUCAUUGUCAUGACAAUUCUUACUGUCCAGAUCAUCAUGACGACCUGGAUGAUGAGACAUUUGUUACUAAAAGGAUCAAACUGGAAACUUUAUUGAUCACAAACACAGUAACAGUAACACUGACUAAAUGAAUGACAUAAAUCUGAUGACGUUGCACAAAGUCCUGAUGUCAACCCGCCGCCGAGUCAUCUGACUCACCCGUCACAUUAACACAACUCGACACACUCAAACCCUCCACCAAUAAAAACUUGUAUAAACCAGAUUUAUUUACGUCUCAACAGUGACUGUGUCGGGUCGGACCCCGGCUGUCCGCGGCGGGCUGCAUUCAGGUGUUACUGGCUGUGAUGGAGGUGAACAGGUGGACGAUGGGUGGCUUCAUCAGCUCGGUGUGGCGUUCAGGGACACUGAACAUGAUGAAUAUGAUGUCACAUGAAGACAGUGUCACUGUAAAUGUUUUACAAGGUUUAUAGACAAACACGGUCGAACCUUUUUCACCUGACGCAGAACACUGUCCUCCGUCUGACGGGUUUAUAUCAGUAAAAAGGUUUUUACCGAUGAUGCUUUUAAGGACUUGACAUUAUGUAUCUCCAACAUGUCAGAAUACAGUUUAUUUAGUUUAAUUAAUGCAACAACAAAUCAGAUCAGCAGACAUUUACAUUUACUUUAUUUAUUUACAUUGUUUAUCAGAAACAACAUUGAAAGGAGGACCAAUCUGAGACACGAGAGUACAACACCACAGAAACAUCUGCAUGUUUGUGUUUUACAUUUAACAGCUUCGAGGGGAAAUUGUCAUAUUGUUUAUUUUUGUACAUCGAGAAGUUCAUCAGAGAUGAAACUAUUAAAAUCCAGAAAGUGUGAUUUCACCAAAUGCUGAUGAUGAACUCCUUUAUAUUUCAGAAGAAAUGAACCUCAGAACCAGAAACUGUUCAAUAACACUGAUGCUAUGGAGAUACAAGGUUUUCACUAAGCUAUUACAAAAGUCUGUGUUUGUCAUAUGAGGUUUCCAUCAGUCAGAUUCAGUUAGAUUUAACCAGGUACCAGUUCAACCAAUCACAGCUCAGCAUUUAACCCUUUAAACCUCUCCUGCAGACGGACGAGGGGCGUUCAUCACAUUGUCAUCUUCAUCACAUUGUCAUCUACAUCACAUCUUCAUCACAUCAUCUUCUUCAUCACAUCUUCAUCACAUUGUCAUCUUCAUCACAUUGUCAUCUACAUCACAUCAUCUUCUUCAUCACAUUGUCAUCUACAUCACAUCUUCAUCACAUCGUCAUCUUCAUCACAUCUUCAUCACAUUGUCAUCUUCAUCACAUCUUCAUCACAUCGUCAUCUUCAUCACAUCGUCAUCACAUUGUCAUCUACAUCACAUCUUCAUCACAUCGUCAUCUUCAUCACAUUGUCAUCACAUUGUCAUCUACAUCACAUCUUCAUCACAUCCUCAUCUUCAUCACAUCUUCAUCACAUUGUCAUCUUCAUCACAUCGUCACCUAAUGUUACCGUAACGUGCAGACGUGGUGUUUCCUGUAUUUAUAUGGAUCUAAAAUAAGAACCAUAGAAUGUUUAUUCUUUGUGCAGCAGAGUUCCUGUUGUCACCGUAAUGAUGUCACUGCGUUUCUCAUGUACGAUGUUAAACCACGUGAAACCACACAGUGGCGUCAGAGGAACGAAGAUGAAUCCGUCACAGCGUCCUGUUGCUCUGCUCUAUUAAUAUGUUUGAAUCUUAAAAACUAAAAUGUCUGCAGUUUAAUAAGAAAUAUUUUGUUUGUAUUCAUGAAUUUUUUGUUUAUGUUUAUUAAAAAUAUUUUACAUAGUUUUUUUUUUUAGUUUUUUUUUGUGUAUUUUUUUUUUUUUAAUUUUAAAGACACAGUUUCAAAACUUUGAUCAGUUAUUCUGGUUCAUUGUCUUAAAUAAUCUUUGAGCUCAGGUCGUUCAGAUUUAUUGAUAAGAAGCGUGUGAAGAUUCUCCAGGAAGUGACAUCACAGGAAGCAAAAACACAGACGCAGGCAUUAGUGGACCGUUUCAGCUGCAGAGUUUAAAGGGUUAAUCAGCAGAAUAUAAAUAGUAAUUAUAAAAUCAAAUAAAAGAAUGAUCUGAAUUCAGACUGAUGAAACACGACGACAAUAAAUCAGAUUUAAUAUUUAUGGAACUGUCAAACUGAUGAAAAAAAACAAACUUUUCUUCAGCUGAAAAACUUCACGUUUCAGUUUUUGUUUAAUUACCUGAACGUCACAUCGACCCAAACUGAUCAGAGUUAUACAGCAUGUGAUCUUCAGCUCAUAAACUCCUCCUCCUCCUCCUCCUCCUCCUGCUCUUCCUGCUCCUGCUCCUGCUCCUCCUCCUCCUCCUCCUCCUCCUCUUGCUCCUGCUCCUCCUCCAUCAGACCAGACAUUUCAAACCUCAGAUGAACCUCAAACAUAAUGUUUUGACCUUCAGGUGCUGACGGACGAGAUGAUGAAGAGUUUUCGAAUGUGUUUUUAUUGUGUUGUUGUUUUUGUUUGUUGCUCAGAUUGUCAGUGUUUAUGAUGAAAUAUAUAUUAAAUGUGUGUUAAAGGAAAAAAACAGGGUAAGUGUGAGGUCGAAGGCUGUUUGUAGGAAGAUGACACAUCUGACAGUUUUCUGUUAAUAUAAAACUUUGUCUGACGGAGCUUCUGUUUCCUGUUGAAGAGAAAAGAUUCUGUUUGAAAUUAAAGU